AUGUCCACCGCGACGGAGACACAGUCCAUAAGUCGCGCCCGUCGAGCAAACUACUCUACCACCACCAAGGCCGAAGACAGAGGUACAUCGGAAGAGCUGGACCACCAAAAACGAUCUGCUGAAGACAAAUUCUUUUGGACAUACACGGAGGAACCUCACCGCACACGGCGGCAAGCUAUCAUAAAAUCACACAAGGAAAUCUUGCAGUUGUGCGGUCCAGAACCCCUGACAAAAUAUGUCGUCCUCUUCGUCGUUUUGUUACAAGUUUUCUGCGCCUAUCUCCUCAAGGACUCCCCUGUUUUCUCAUGGCGGUUCUUCCUUACGGCAUACAUAGUUGGCGCCACUGCGAACCAGAAUCUCUUCCUCGCUAUCCACGAGAUCAGCCAUAAUUUGGCGUUCCGGACAGCCAUUUACAACAGACUUCUGGCCAUCUUCGCAAAUCUUCCUAUCGGGGUACCAUACUCGGCUGGGUUUCGACAGUACCAUUUGACCCAUCACAAGUCGUUGGGCGUGGAUGGUGUCGACACAGAUCUCCCUACAGCACUUGAAGCAAUCUUCUUGGACUCAGUCUUCGGCAAGGCAUUCUUUUGCACCUUCCAACUCUUGUUUUACGCCAUUCGUCCGAUGAUGGUGUACAAGAUUCCCUUUGGACCAAUUCACUAUUGCAACAUCGCUGCUCAAGUUGUCUUCGAUAUUCUGAUCGUUCGGUAUCUGGGCUGGAAAGCUUUGUCCUAUUUGAUCAUGAGUUCAUUCCUGGCUGGUUCGCUCCACCCGUGCGCUGCACACUUCAUCUCAGAGCAUUAUGUCUUGGCCAAAUCCACUCUGCAGCUCGGAAAGGUUCCGAAAGAUGUACCUAUUCCUGAAACAUAUUCUUACUACGGCCCGCUUAACGUUCUCACUUACAAUGUUGGGUAUCAUAACGAACACCACGACUUUCCAGCUAUCCCUUGGACUCGAUUACCCAAGGUCUAUGAAAUUGCAAGAGAGUUUUAUGAGCCUUUGCCGUGUCACAAAAGCUGGCCUUUGGUGUUAUGGCAGUUCAUCACUGACAAGGAAGUCGGGUUGUGGUGUCGAGUCAAGAGAUCAGAAGGUGGACGCAUCGUAGGAGGUUGGCAAGAUGCUGAGGUACAGAGUUGA